CCUCCCGAUGCUAGCACCGUCGGGCUUGGCUGUGUGGGAGCGUAAUGGCGGUGCACCGGGGACCCUCCACGAAAUGGCUCUUCACCCGGGAGCAGCUGGAAAACACGCCGUCUCGACGCACCGGGAUAGAGGCUGACAGGGAGCUCUCUUACCGGCAGCAGGCCGCCAACUUAAUCCAAGAUAUCGGCCAGAGACUCAACGUCUCCCAACUAAUAAUCAACACUGCUAUAGUAUAUAUGCACAGGUUUUAUAUGAUCCACUCCUUCACCAAAUUCCAUAGAAAUAUCAUUUCCCAAACUACAUUGUUCCUGGCAGCUAAAGUUGAGGAGCAGCCCAGGAAGCUGGAGCAUGUCAUUAAAAUAGCCCAUGCUUGCAUUAACCCUCAAGAGACUGCCCUAGACACUAAGAGCAAUGCAUUCCAACAGCAGGCACAAGAGCUGGUAGCACUGGAAACAAUAGUGCUGCAGACUCUGGGUUUUGAAAUAACAAUUGAUCAUCCACACACAGAUGUUGUGAGGUGUUCCCAGCUAGUGCGAGCAAGCAAGGAUUUGGCUCAGACUUCCUAUUUCAUGGCUACCAACAGUUUGCACCUCACCACCUUCUGCCUGCAGUACAGACCCACAGUCGUGGCGUGCGUGUGCAUCCACCUGGCCUGCAAGUGGUCCAACUGGGAGAUCCCCGUGUCUACAGAUGGCAAGCACUGGUGGGAGUACGUGGACCGCACCGUAACGUUACAGCUGCUGGAUGAGCUCACACACGAGUUCCUUCAGAUCCUGGAAAAGACGCCCAGCAGACUGAAGAGGAUACGAAACUGGAGGGCCAUUCAAGCAGCAAAGAAGCCAAAGACAGACGGCUCGUCAGUGGACAGUCCCUUCCAGGGGACGUCUUUAGACAGCCUCUCUGGUGUCAACAACUCCUUCUUCCCCUCCACCUCAUCGUCAGACUCCUCAGAUAUGCCCUCCCUGAACUCCAUCGCUGCCCCUUUCUCCUCCUACCAGCCCAUGAGCGACCCAUCAAAGAGCUGUGACUAUGAUCCGUUCCCCCAGGUCGCCCACUCAGACUUCACAGUGGUCAAACACGAACAGAAAUCAGCCGGCGGCUCCGGUAGUAAAAACCAGCAGCUCGCCGCGAACGCCGCCGCUUUUUCACGGCCGCAGAAAGUUUUGACUCUGGAAAAGUACAGAGAGAAACACGCGGCGGAGCUGGCUAUGCAGAACGGCGGGAAGGAUGAGCCGGGCACAGACAUGUACGCUCCUCCUCCGGCUCUCACAUCCUCUCAUCACCACAAGAAACGUUCUCAGUCGCAGCAGGCCGGCCAGUCGGGAGAAGGCAGGAGAGAAAAAUCCAGCUCCAAAAAGGCUCGGAUGCCCCCUUCCUUCUCCGAGAACGGCUCGGCCACCAGCGAGGAGCUCAAGAUGAGAAUCAAAGUUUCGUCGGAGCGUCACGGAGGCUCGGAGCAGGGCGGUAGCCUACCCGUAAAAGACAAGCACAAAGAGCACAGCAGCCACCGCCACUCUAAACACGGCCACUCACACGCUUAUUCCCUCAGCGGAAACAGCAGAGGGACAAUAGAAAACGCCUCCUUAUCUAUACGAGCCCCCGGCAACGACGGGAGCUCCUCCGGCUCGUCUCGGAAGAGGCCUCACUCGGACGCCGCCAACCACAACCACCACCACCACUCGUCCAAGAGCGGAAGGAGCUCCAAAGGGGGCAACGGCUCAUCCCACUACGCGACAGAGAGCAACCAGAGGAUGAUGGAGCACCACGGCCACGACGGCACCAACGGCAUGCUGACGUCUAACGGCCAACACACUGACUACAAAGACACUUUUGACAUGCUGGACUCUUUACUAAGUGCCCAAGGAAUGAACUUGUAACCCUCAGAGAGUCCACAGUGUUGUCUACAAUAAGGUAUUACCAUGUUUAAUAGAAUUUAAAAGAAAAAAUGAAUUUAUUUGUCUUAAGUUAUCUGAAUUUCUGCAUCACCCUCAGUCGUGUCUACACACUGAUUCUUGAUGAUUCUUAAGCUGUCAACAAUGUAAAAUUAUAUGCAUAGAGCUGUGUACUACUAGCUUGCAAACAAAAAGAGAAACAACACAGAAUAAUGAAAACUGGCUGGAAAAAUGGGAUUUUAAACAUGUUUUAACGCGAGCUGACAUUAUGAUUUUAAACGUGCAUGUUUUCGGUCACAAAAGGGAAGACAUAGCUAGUGUUCGCAGCCAUCGUGACAGUUUACAGACAGUUUGACAUGACAUGUUUUAUUUUUGUUUUUUUUUUGUUGUUCCUGUAUAACAUUUUGUUCCACUAAAAAUCUCAGGUCUUGAACUUUUUUGAUAUAAGAACGACUCUUCCUCUGUUUGGGUUUGUUACCUGUAUCCGUGGAGAUGUAUCACCUCGUCCGUUUGCUGACGAAGGCGACAAAACUUCUGUCUGAGGAGAGAAAAAAAAAACACGGUCUGCUUACUUUUUUCAAAGAUCGCAAUCGAUAGUUUAAAAAGUUAAAAAACGACAAAAAAACAAACAAUACAAAUGUGAGCCCAACUCUCCAUUUGCUGUCUAUUUGCUGUUUAUCGGGACUUCCAAGGCCGCACCUAAACUUAAAUGUCGCAGACUCAUUAUAGAGCUACAAAUGAAGUUUACGUUUCAUCUUCUGUGAAAAGUGCAUUUAAAGAUAUAUCGACUAAAAUCGCAAAAAAAGGCCUUGUGAUUGUACCUCGUCAAUCGCUACUCAGUAUGAUAAUGUAAUUAACUAUCAGAAAAUACAGAUCUCUAAAAACAAGAUUGUGUAUAUAGGACUGUAGUUCAGAAUUAAAACUGUUGGUUUGAUCACAUCAGUCCAGACUUUUCCUCCAUUCAGUGUAUCAUGAGAUCUUAAAGCAGACUCUGUAUUGAUGAACAUAUCCUCGAUUUGUGUAUUGGGAGCCCAAAUAAAGGUGUAAAAGUGAUUUUUACACGUCAAAGCUA